AUGUCCGAUCACGAAAAGGACAUUGACAACACCGAGGCGGCAUGGCCUCCGUCCGACGACGAGAGUACACCGUUCCGCGGAAAGCCUGUGUUAGUACAUAGCAGGUAUCCGAUAGUAGUAAGAGUCAUCGCUCUUACGAUGAUCCUGAGCUAUGUAAUCUUUGGAGGCCUCUACUUGAAGUUGAAGCUUCACUCUAUGGAUCUGGAGUCUCAGAUACGAGGCUUGCAGCCUGAACUCUUCCCGUCGCUUGCGAAGUCCACAUCGUUUCGUCAAGAUAGCCGUGUUUUCCCCUUGACGGUGGCAGACACCCCGUUUGCUGGCGUUCCAAGCCCCGAGUUAGAUCACGCAUGGCAUGAACUACUGGAAGGUACCGUCAUCCGCGUCGCUCGCGAGGACUUGGACUACUACAACGUCACGUCUCUACCCUUAGCCGAUGGCUCUGGCUACGCAUCCGAAAUCUUCAUGACUCACGAACUGCAUUGUCUCAAGAAGAUAAGGCAAUGGAUGUACAAGGAGUCGUACUUUGAAGAUGUACAGGGUCUUGCCCGUAACGAGUUGGAACGGCACAUCAGUAAGUCUUAG